AUGUAUGUGUUAAUAACGUGCUCAGUGUUGUUGAUAUUAUUGAUAAAAUACUUAGUACAUCAUCGAAACUUUUAUAUUUUAUCAUGGAAGUUGCCUGGACCUUUGGCACUACCUUUAAUAGGUAACUCUUUAGCGUUUUUUUGUAAUAAUGAAGACAUUUUCCAGAGGGCUGUUAACAUCAUUUCAAAUUACCCUAGUCCAAUGAGGUUUUGGCUUGGUCACAAAUUAACUAUAAUUUUCAGCGAACCAGAACAAGCUUCGAAAAUAUUGUCGUCGUCGAACUUUUCCGACAAAGGCGAAGUCUACAGAUUUAUGAAAGAUUUUGAUGGAGAUGGACUUAUCAGUGGAUCUGGUCCAAAGUGGAAAAACGAUCGUAAAUUGAUGGCCCCUCUUUUUGGUAAAAAAAGCGUCCAAGUCUAUUUCUCUGUAAUUGUUCAUCACACAAAUAUUUUGCUAGAAAAGUUGGAACCCUGCACACAGAAAGGGACUUGCAAUGUCGUCAAAUAUCUACACCGAUGUACAGCGGAUUUUGUGAAUGAAACAAUAAUAGGAGAAAAAACUGACGCCCAAAAUGGACAUUUUGACGACUUUCUUUUGGCCAUUGAUAGAGUGUAUGAUCUAGUUCACGCCAGAAUGGUGAAAGUUUGGCUACAAAUCGACUGGAUUUUUAAAAUGACCCAUUUUUACCACCAACAAACCCAGGCCAAAAAUACCAUUCACGGAUUUUUGAAAAAUGUUGUACGAAUCAACGAAGAAAAACGCAUCACAAAAACCCAACUUUCUGGAACCAUUUUGGACAACAUUUUAAACAUUAAAAAUCAACACCCAAAUUUUGCGCUAGGUGACGAUUUAAUUCACCACUUAUCCACCCUGUAUUCCGCCAGCGAAGACACCAUAACGACCAUCUCCGCUUUCACUUUACUCCUAUUAGGAAUGUACCCAGAUGUUCAAGAACGGGUCGUCGAUGAAAUUCGCUGCGUCGUUGGCGACAAACACGACCCAGAAAUCGGCGAUUUAUCGAACCUUCCUUAUUUAGAUAUGUGUAUAAAGGACGUGCUGAGACUUUUUCCCAUUGCGCCUUUCCUUAUGAGAACGACGAGGGAAAAUUUUCAAAUAGACCAGUUUGUUAUUCCGAAGGGUUGCUCUGUGGUUGUUUCCAUCCACAAUAUCCACCGAAGUUCGAAACAUUGGGAGAGAUCGGAUGACUUUUAUCCGGAGCAUUUUUUGCCGGAAGCUGUGAAGAAGAGGCACGUGCAUGCGUAUUUACCGUUUAGCGCAGGUCCUAGGGGAUGUGUAGGAAAGUCGUACGCUUAUAUGGCGUUGAAGAUAAUGUUAAUUUUGAUUUUGAAGAAGUAUGUAAUUUAUGCGGAGGGGAAAGUUGGGGAUAUUGAGUUGAAGACCGAUAUUACGGUGCGUCCAAAGGGGAGACAGUUUCCGAUAAAAAUUGACUUUAGAAAAUAA